AUGUUUCUUCAAGCACUCGGAUUGAGACAUAUUAGACGAGGUUUUGACACGUGCCACACAGCGCCUUGGAGAAUACAGUAUCAGCCUGACACUGAAUCCACUUCGAAAUUUUUUGAAUUAGUUCACAUUGCUGAUUUGAUACAACAAAUGGUUGAAAUAUGCUAUGACGAAGAAAUGAGCGAUAAACCAGAUUUCUUUAAUAUUUGUAUUAAGGAGAAGAAAACAUUUGAAAAGAAUCUUGAUGAAAGCGUCCUUAUUGAUCACGUGGAAUUUGUACUAAGCAGAUCUGAAGAGUUUAAUCCUCCAAUAAACACGCCACUAGAUUUAAAACCUACAAAG